AUGAGGUCUUCGCAAGCUCUCUCCUACCUCGUCUUCCUCCUUCUCGCAUCGUCCACCUACGCGUCCGUUCUAGAGGACACGUGCAGGACCUUUGGAGCUGACUACGACUACUGCAUCAAGUUCUUCCAGUCCGACAAGGACAGCGCCACCGUGGACAAGCGCGGCCUCGCCGUCAUCUCCACGAGGAUCGCCCGAGCGGCGGCCGUGAGCACCCUCAAGCGUAUUGCCGCCCUCAAGGCCGCGGACAGGGACAAGAAGAUCCAGGGACCCCUCGCCGACUGCGAUGCGAAGUACACCGGCGCCGUCAACGGCUUGGACGAGGCGGCGAGGGACAUCGCGGCGGGCAAGUUGCAGGACGCGGUGACAUACCUCGGCUACGCGCUGGAUGUGCCCGGCAGCUGCGAUGAAGCGUUUGGCGAGGUAGGCGUCAACUCGCCGCUGGCCGCCGAGGGCUACGAGUUCGCCAGGGAGUGCUACGUCGCUCGCUUUGUAACGACAAUGCUGUCAGCUAGUAAGCCGCCGAGGAUGUGA